AUGUGAAUGUGAAAUCUUAAUGAUGGCUCUACAGUUGUACCUAAAUCAACUGCAAUUUCACUAAGUGUAGUGGUUUACCUUCUAUGAGUACUCUAGUUAUGCAUAUAAUAAAUAGGAUCCCAGAUCAAAUCUGACAAAGAUUGACGCCAAAACUUAUACACUUGGUCUUAUCUGCAUUCAUUUUUAGAUCCCAGGAUUCAGCAACUGCAAUUAAAGAAUUAAUAUCUCUUUUAACUGUGCUAAUGUCUUGCAAUAUAGUGGAGAGAGAUUAUAAGGUUGUAUAAAGAAAUAUAAUUUAAGGUCAUCAGCAAAUGGUUUAAAGUUACAUGUCAAGGAAGCCCCAAUGUGGUUUAUGUAGAUAAGAAAAGAAACUAAUACAGAGCCCUGAGGUACCCCACUAACUAUUGAAAAUGAAGAACUGACCUGCCCACUACAACUACCUCAAUUGAUCUAUGAGAAAGAAAAGCCUCUAUCCAAGAAAGAAUAUCACCAUCAGUGCCUAUAUUAUAAAAUUUAGUAAGAAGAAUUUGAUGAUGUAAUGUGUCAAAAGCCACAAAAAAUCAGACUAUGAGAACAAUUGCUAUAUCCCUUGUCUAUCCAUCAUAGGUUAACAAAAGCUGAUCCUCCACAGACUUGCCACAUUGAAAACCAAACUGAUUAUUAUUAGGUAUAGAAUUUGUUUCCAAACACUUGAGCAUAUAAUUUUACCACAAUAAGCCUUUCCCAAGUUUUACAACACUAAUGUAAGACUUGCCAGUCUGUAGUUUAGGGGAUCACUUCUUUUGCCUUUUUUCAAUAUUAGAACUAUAAUGGAUUUUUUCAAGAUAGCAUGAAUUUCAGUCAAGGUAAUAGUGAAAAGAUCUUAUACAAGGGAUAAGCCAAAUUCUUCGCAAGUUUAUAGCACUGCUGGGUGUAUAAAGUCAGGCCCCAUUGUAAAAGACAUAUCAAUGUUGUUAAGUAUAUUUGAAAUGCAGUUGACUGUAAAAUGGAUUUUCUGAAAGGUUCCAUCAUGGAUCUGAUGUGGAAAUUGUAGGAGUCCAGAUAGUGUGGUGUAAACUGAGGCAAAGGAUGCACCAAGGAUAUGAGCCAUAUCUUUGGGAUCAGACACCAGAUUGUCAAUGUUGCCAAUGGAAACCACUGUGGGACAUCCAACUCUUACAUAACCAUGAAAAAGCUUAGGCUUUGUUGAAUAACUUUCAAGUAUGUGUUCUUCAUAACCUAUAUGCCUUUGUGUUGCAUAGUUUCUGUAUUCAAAAUUCACUUAAUGAAAAGAAUGCAAAGCUGCAACAGCAGGGAGAGAAUAUUUACCAUAAAGUUGUUUGUAAAGUGACCAAUUAUUUUUGUGUUUCUUAAUGAGUUCUUUAGUGGGUUUGUAGUCCCAUGCUUUGUAGAAUUUCUUUGAAGUUGAAUGGCGAGGCCUCUAUGCAGAAAUUAGAUUAAGGAGUUUGAAGUUCCAAUCUGCAGUGCUUAGGAAAUAAUUAGUUACUUUGAAGUUAGCCCUGGGUCACAAAGGGUAUUUAUCAUCUGAAUCUGUCAGUGUAGGUUUAAACUGGAAAACAUAUCUGCAAAGUAUAAUGCAAUCAUCACAGUUGGGAAAAGGGAAAAAAAACAGCAGGAAACUCUCAAUGUACAUCUGUGGCUCUGAUCUCAAUUGAGGGAAAUGUGGCUCUUUGGUUAUGGGUCCCUCACAUGGAAAGUGGACUUUCCUUACAAGCAACGAGUUGUGGGCUACAUCAAGGGAUAUUCUCGCAGGUUCUGGCAAGCUAGUGUUGACCACCGUGGAGUUCCGGGCAGGCCUGGCCGAGUGGUAACAUUAGUUGGCUCUGAAAAUCCUGAGGCUCAGGUGUGGGGAGCAGCCUAUGAAAUCCUUCCUCAGCAAGAGGCAGAGGUAACAAAGAAGCUUAAUAUCAGAGAGCAACGCUUUGACACCCGCUUGGAAAUGACCAUGUAUGAUGCUGAGGAUCAGAAGCUGCCUCAUCCAGUGAUGGUGUUUGUUGGCACCAGUCAGAAAGAACUGUUUUUGGGGGAUGCUCCCCUGGAAACCUUGGCCAAGCAGAUAUCAGAGUGUCAUGGUCCAUCAGGGCCAAACUAUGAGUAUCUCUUCCAGUUAGCUAAGUUCAUGAGGAUGGAGGUGCCAGAAGCCAAAGAUGAGCAUCUCUUUCAGUUGGAGAAGGCUGUAAAGAAUAUCCUUUUGAAUAUUAACGUAAAGUUUGUUUCUUCCUCAUGAAGUCUUUCAGGCUACUUGUUGCCCUAGUUUCUCAUUUUAUAUAGUGCACAUGAAUACUAUAACAUCAUACAUAUGUAUACAUAUAAUAAUGAAGUAUGAUAAUUGUGAUAACUAGGUACUGUUGCAGAUGAUAAUUAAUCUGUUCACAAUGUAUCUCUAACUACCUAUCUACUUAAUUAUACAGUUUGUUCUAUUUAGGAAUGAGGGGUUUGUAUAAGAUGUCUAAAGUGGAACUAGCCUAACUUGGUACUUGGGGUGUUGGGUGUACCUCUCCAUACUGUUACCACCUUAACCCUAAAGCCUGGGGGAUUUAUGUGUCAAGGACACUAAGAUAGCAGCACUACACAGCCUAUAUGCUUUAUGAAGUGUAUAAGAAGAUAUACAGCAUUGUUAUUCCAUCAUCAAAUUGAAAUUCAUUAAAGAAAUAGCUUGCAGUUGUAUAUAAUAAUAAUAAUAAUAAUAAUAAUAAUAAUAAUAAUAAAGCAAAAGAUAACAAUAUGAGUGAAAGAGAGAGGUGUUCAUAUGAUUUGACUAAAUAUGACAGCAAAGUGGGACAGGAACAGCCAACACUGAGUAACAAGUUAAUCUGGUUACACUAUAAUCUAUUAUAGAUGUUUUCUUACUGAAUUGCUUUCUUUUCAAUGUAAUUAAUCAUAGAAAGCAAUCUGUGAAGAGUCAAAGAAAGAAGUUAAUAGUAUGUAUGCAGAGAUUACAGGUACUGGUGUUGUCAAUAUAUGUAAAUAAAUUACAAUGUUUUGGG